GAACUUAAAAGUUCCCUUUUUCCACUUGGCUUUUCUCACUUCCUCCAUUCUCACCUGAGCUCUGCCUCACUUUGGAGUCAUCCUUGAAGCUUCUCAACAUGAUCGGCUGCCUCUUAGUGCUCAUUUGCAGUAGCUCAGGUGCUCAUGGCCAGAAUGCCCUCUCUGCUUUUUUUGCAAGCUCAACUACAAAAAUCACUACAAAAAUGGAAACCCUCUGUCCACUGACACUGUUAGCUACACCUGACUACCCGGUGGCAGCGGGUCAAAAAGUCAGCCUGCACUGUAGCGGUCCGACGUCGGCCAACGUGACUUGGUCCUGGCACAGAAAAGAGAACGGGUUGUGGCACCAAGUUGGCACAGGAAAAACUCUGACCCUCAGUGAGCCCGAGCAUAGCGGGAUGUAUCGCUGCCACUCGAGCAGUCACCAUCACUCUGACUGUGGGAGCCCCACUCACAACGUCUAUAUUGUCUCUUUUCACGCUGCAGAAAUGAAGACUAUGGGAAUAAGUGCCUUCACCCUCUCUCUGCUGGCCUUGAUGGUUAAUAUCUGUCUUGUAUUUUGGCUGCUCUGGCAAAGACGGUGUGACAAGAAAAGCUCCUCUAACACAACAAUUAAAGGUUUUGCAAGAGACGGAAAGGAGCUGAAGGGAGCUUUGCCACAAGCCGAGAAUGGUGGCCACGUGUACGUGAAUUACUCAAGCACAAACCUCGCCUACACCGAUCUAGAGCCCGCAAGCAUGAGGGGCGACAACACUUACUCAAUUCUGUCAUGAGCUUAAUCUGCACAGGAAAAGGCUUUUAGUGCAAGGUUUCAACAUGUUUUUUAACUGAAGACCCACAUGAUCAAUGUGGUGUUCUCCUGUCAUGUAUUAAAAUAACACUGACAUAUUCUGUGCAAAAAUAAGACAUUAA